UCUCCCUCUGUCUCUCUCUCUGAAUGUCUACGAUCUCCGGAGAGAGAGAAAACGCAAAUUUGGCCAUGGAGGAGCCUGAACGGAAAGUACUUUUCGAAACGCGUCGUCACGCCUCCAGACCGUUCCGUCCCAAUUAUCCUCCUCAGCAGGCGAACGAGGGUGCUAAAGGGAGCUUCCUAUCUCUGUUUCGUAUUGGAGUGGCUGGCAGACUUUGGGAUAAAUGGAUUGGAUCUAACAAACCGCUGAGAAUAGGAAGAUCAGUAUCAUUAUUUAUUUCUUCAAGUGGGGAACGUGUGGCGGUGGCUGCUGGAAAUCAGAUAACAAUAUUGCGGAAGGAAGAUGACUACUUGGAUCCAUUUGGAAUUUUUAUUGACGCCAAUGUUACUUCAUUCACUAUGGGAGCUUGGUCCGACAGUUGCAAUGUUCUUGGAGUCACUGACGAUACUGAUACUAUAUAUUUUAUCAAAUCAAAUGGUGAAGAAAUAGCAAGACUUCCAAGGAGGCAAUUAAAGUUUUCUCUGCCUAUAAUAGGCUUGGUUGGAAAGGAGGAUUCUGAUACUCGAAGAUCUUACUUGUGUAGCUUCAUCAUUGUUGCAUCAGAUGGCUCCAUUCGUCAUAUAGAGAUCAGUAAAGAGCCAAAUAUAUCUUUUUCCUCUGCACACUCCUCAAACAGUGGGUUGACUCCAAAGAUCCAAUUUCCAAACAGAGUUUUCUGCUUCGAUUAUUAUUCUGACCUUUCUUUGUUUGUCGUCAUUGGUAGUUUUAGCGCCGCUAUACCUUCCAGUAGAAAGUCUGGAUCCUGUUAUCUUUCUCUUUGGCGUGGUGGGAUAUUAGAUUUGGAGCCAUUAUGUUCGAUUCAGUUUGACGGUUUAUACUCUGUACCAAAAGGAUAUGAAGGUCGAACUUCAUAUUCAAAGCUGCAAGUUUCACCAAAGGCACAAUUCAUUGCCACUCUAGAUGUGACUGGAAAAUUGUACAUUUUUAAUCUGGAUAGGGAGAACUUUACCAUUUCUAGCUUUUCUUCUCCACAGAAACAUGACUCUCAGGCGACAAAUGAUAUAUUAAAUGGAGUAAACAAGAUUCUAAGUGACAUUUUGGAUUUUACAUGGUGGUCUGAUCAUAUACUUACAAUUGCAAGGAGAAAUGGUCUUGUUGCUAUGCUUGACAUCCUCAGUGGUAUAAAAGUUCAGGAGGACAGUCCUGUAUUUUCCAGGCCUAUCAUAGAAAGGAUACAGCUGUUAGAAGGCCAAAUUUUUCUUUUAGAGUGUUCAGAAAAUAAAGGGAUAUCAGAUCCAGCUAAAUAUAAGGAAGAUAUUGACUUGCAUCACAUGGAUAAUAUGAUGGAAGGGUCAAUUAAUAAUUUUGACAUAUCUCGGCUGCAAUGGAGCUUGCUAUCACUGACGCAGAGAUCUGUUUUUGAAAUGUACAAUAUCUUAAUUAGAAAUGAGAAGUAUCAAGAUGCCUUGAAUUUUGCUGAUUGCUAUGGAUUGGAUAAAGAUGACAUUCUGAAGUCACAGUGGUUGCAUUCUGAUCAAGGAAUUAAUGAUAUAAAUGCAUAUCUGUCAAAGAUAAAGGAUCAAAUUUUCAUUCUUUCUGAAUGUAUAGAAAAAGUUGGACCAACAGAAGAUGCUGUAAAGGCAAUGCUUGAUUAUGCAUUGAAACUAACUAACCAUUACCAGUUUUUUGAAGUAGAAGAUCUUGAAAGCAGUGAUACAUGGAAUUUUCGCUUGGCUAGACUUCGGUUAUUGCAAUUCAAGGACAGACUGGAAACAUAUCUUGGCAUAAAUAUGGGCAGGUUUUCUGUGCAGGAAUACAGUGACUUCCGUAUGAAGCCUAUCAAGGAUGCUGCAGUCAAUCUUGCCGAAAAUGGAAAAAUUGGGGCCUUAAACCUCUUGUUCAAGCGCCAUACAUAUUCUAUGAAUCCUUUCUUGUUAGAAAUUUUAUCUGCUAUUCCCGAAACAGUUCCUGUGCAGAGUUAUAUGCAGCUUCUUCCGGGAAGAUCUCCUCCUACUAGCAUUGCAGUGAGGGAAGAGGACUGGGUUGAAUGUGAGAAGAUGUUAAACUUUAUAAUGAAAUUACCUGAAAGUCAUGAGCUUAGUUCACAGAUUAAAACUGAACCUAUUGUCAAGAAACAACUAGGACUUGUCUGGCCUUCAAUUAGUGAACUUGCCAUGUGGUACAUGAAAAGAGCUAGAGACAUUGAUACUUUUAGUGGACAGCUUGACAAUUGUCUCUGCUUGCUUGAUUCUGCUAAUCAAAAAGGUAUUCAUGAACUACAAGAGUUUUAUGAGGAUGUCAGUUACUUGCACCAGAUAAUUUAUUCUGAAGGAGGCGAUGAUAAUAUCUGCAUUAAUCUUGUUUCUUGGGAACGUUUGUCUUCUUAUGAUAAAUUUAAAUUGAUGCUGAAGGGUAUAAAGGAGGAAAAUAUAAUCAGAAGGUUAAUUGAAAAGGCAGUUCCGUUCAUGAGAAAAAGAUCAAUUGAUAGGACCUCAAUUCCUAAAGAUUGGCUAAAAGAGUCUGACCUUUUGGAAAACCACGAUACAACUGAGUCAUUUCUGUUUAAAUGGAUGAAGGAAAUAGCUUUGGAGAAUAAGUUGGACAUAUGCCUGUUGGUCAUUGAAGAAGGGUGCAGAGACUUUGAAACUAGUGAUUUUUUUGGAAGUGAGAUUGAAGCCGUGGACUGUGCAUUGCAGUGCAUAUAUUUGUCUACAGUAACUGAUAGAUGGAGUACUAUGGCAGGCAUUUUAUCAAUACUCCCUCAAGUGCAAGACACCAAAUUUCCCGAGGACUUGAAAAGAAGACUCAAGCUGGCAGAAGGCCAUGUUGAAGCAGGAAGGCUUUUGUCAUUUUACCAGGUCCCAAAGCCAAUGCAUUUUUUCUUAGAAGCUCAAGAUGAUGGUAAAGGUGUAAAACAAAUCCUGCGCCUUAUACUCUCAAAGUUUAUUCGUCGACAGUCCAGCCGAUCAGAUAAUGAUUGGGCGAGUAUGUGGCGUGACAUGCAGUGUCUGAGGGAGAAGGCAUUUCCUUUUCUGGAGCUGGAGUACUUGUUGAUAGAAUUCUGUCGGGGACUGCUAAAGGCUGGGAAAUUUUCGCUGGCAAGGAACUACUUAAAAGGUACAAGCUCGGUUACUUUGGCAGUAGAGAAGGCAGAAAAUCUUGUCAUUCAAGCUGCUAGAGAGUAUUUUUUCGCUGCUUCAAGUCUUAAUGGCCCAGAAGUCUGGAAGGCGAAAGAGUGUCUCAACAUAUUUCCAAGUAGUAGACAUGUGAAAGCAGAGGUUGAUAUUAUUGAUGCACUCAUAGAGUUACUACCAAGCCUUGGAGUGACUCUUUUGCCCAUGCAAUUCAGACAAAUAAAAGAUCCAAUGGACAUCAUAAAAAUGGUGAUUUCAAGUCAGACUGGAGCUUAUAUACAUGUUGAUGAACUCAUUCAGGUUGGCAAGCUUCUUGGAUUGAGCUCUCCAACAGAGAUAUCAGAAGUUGAAGAAGCUAUUGCUAGAGAAGCUGCAGUUGCUGGUGAUCUGCAAUUGGCAUUUGAUCUCUGCCUCAGUUUAACAAAGAAAGGGCAUGGUUCCGUUUGGGAUUUGUGUGCUGCAAUAGCAAGGGGUCCUUCCCUUGAGAAUAUGGAUAUUAAUUCUCGAAAGCAUCUACUAGGUUUUGCUUUGAGCCAUUGCGAUGAGGAAUCAAUUUCUGAACUCCUCCAUGCAUGGAAAGAACUUGAUAUGCAAGGGCAGUGCAAGAAAUUAUUGAUGAUGUCUGGGACAGACUGUUUGGAUCUUCCAAUACAAAAUUCUUUGCUUUCCUCGCUUCAAGGAAACGGUAUUCAAAAUAUUGGCGACUUCAAAGAUUGUGUUGAACUAGUUGAAGGUGUCAGCAUGGGUGGUCAAGAAUCUCUUUUAGAUGGUAUAAUGCAUAUCCUAUUUUUUGUUGCAAAAGACUUGCCCGUAGAAAAUAGGACUAAAUUGAGAACAUUUCUGAGAGAGAAUGGAAAAAUUUUGUCAUUUACUUAUUUGCAACUCCCUAGGUUGCUUGAACUGAGUAAGAAUGCAGAAAUUAAGGAAUUACAUCCUGGAACACAAUACUCGAGUUUAAGAACGCAAGCUAUUGUUACAAUUUUGUCAUGGUUAGCUAGGAAUGGGAUUGUUCCUAAAGACAGCUUGGUCACAUCUCUCGCAAAAUCUGUUAUGGAAUCUCCUAUGAAGGAGGCAGAUUUAAUUGGCUGUAUGCUGUUGUUGAAUCUUGUGGACGCUUUUAAUGGGGUUGAAGUUUUUGAAGAGCAAUUAAGGACAAGGGAAGACUACCAAGAAGCCUGCAGCAUAAUGGCCGUGGGAAUGACGUAUUGUUUGUUGCACGACUCUGGAGUUGAGUGCAAUAGUCCAGCUCAGAGGAGGCAGCUGCUUCUUGAAAAGUUUAAAGACAAGAACAGUUUUAGUUCUGAUCAAAGUAGAAAAACUAACACAGUGGAAUCAACGUUUUGGCGGGAGUGGAAACUGAAGUUAGAAGAACAGAAACGUGUUGCUGAUCAUUCUAGAACAUUGGAGAAUAUUAUUCCUGGAGUUGAAACGUCACGCUUUUUAUCUGGAGAUCGUUAUUACAUUGAGAGUGUUGUUCUGUCCCUAAUUGAAUCAGUAAAUUUGGAGAAGAAACAUAUUUUGAAGGAUAUUCUACAUUUAGCUAAUACCUAUGGCAUGAAUCGCACUGAGGUGCUACUAAAAUAUCUAUGUUCUAUCCUUGUUUCAGAGGUUUGGAAUAACGAGGAUAUUAUGGUUGAAAUCUCAGAAUUCAGAGAGGAGAUUAUUGGUUGUGCUGCAGAAACCAUUGAAAUUAUUUCCACAGUUGUGUAUCCAGCUAUUGAUGGGACCGAUAAGUUGCGGCUACAUUGUAUAUAUGGAUUGCUCUCUGACUGCUACUUGAAGCUGGAAAAGGCUGGUGGGUUACCACAAAAGACACAACCUGACGAAGUAUAUGCAUCCAAUUUCAGCUUGGCUCGUUUUUAUAAGAUUGUUGAGCAAGAAUGCAGACGAGUUGCCGUCAUAAAGAAUCUUAACUUCAAAAAUAUUGCUGGAUUAAGUGGGCUGAAUUUUCAACACUUCAGUAGUGAAAUCUCCUUGCAUGUUGAUGAUGGUAAUGUAGAAGCUUUGGCACAGUUGGUAGAGACCCUUGCUGGUAUCUAUUCUGAUCCAGUACCUGAGGGUCUCAUAUGUUCUCAGGACAUUUAUAAACACUACAUCUUUAAGCUAUUAACGACCCUGGAGACUAGAAUAAGAACUGAUUUGAAGAAUAAAAGCCCGGAGAACUUUCAGUCUGCUGUGAGUCAACUUGAGCAAAGUUAUGACUUGAGCUCUACUUAUAUUAGAUUGUUGUCGCAUUCAGAUGCUUUGGAUGUUAUGAAGCAGUAUUUCACUGUAAUAUUACCUCUGUAUAGUAACUAUGGAGAUAUACCCGAUAACUCGGCGUGGCAGGAGUGCCUCAUCAUCCUUUUGAAUUUUUAUAUUAGAUUGGUAGAUGAAAUAAGAGAGAUUGAAACCAGAGGUGAAUGUUUGAAGUUUAAUCCCGAGUGCUUAAAGAUUUGUCUAAAGGUUCUUAUUAGAUUGGUUAUAGAGGAUAGUGUCUCGCCAAGCGAGGGUUGGAACACCAUUGUAAACUAUGCUACUUAUGGAUUGCUAGAUGAUUCUGCUUUCAGAGCUUUUGUUUUGUGCAGAGCUAUGGUUUUUUCUCGCUGUGCUUUUGGAGCCGUGGAACAGGUGUUUUCUGAGGCAAUAUCACUAUAUCCCGCUACUUUGACUUUAGGCACAGAGAUUGAGAUCCGGGAUCUUCCUCGUCUUUACCUGAACAUUUUGGAGCCUGUUCUACUAGACUUGGCCAAUUACUCCCAUGAGCACCAGAAUUUGCACCAUCUAUUAUCAUCCCUUAGUAGAUUAGAAGGUGAUCUGGAGAAUUUAAGGAGUACCAGACGUACAGUUUGGGAAAGAAUGGCAGAGUUCUCUGAUGAUCUGCAAUUACCCAGCUCUGUUCGUGUCUAUGUAUUAGAACUUAUGCAGUACAUCACAGGUAGAAAUAUCAAAGGUUUCUCAUCCGAUAUACAGUAUAAUGUUCCACCUUGGGAAGGCUGGGACCAGCUCCAGUAUACAACUAAGGAGAGUGAAACAACAACUAUUCCAUCAACAUUAGAUGAUAAAGAUACUUCUAGCAGGUUUACGAGUACUUUAGUUGCCCUAAAGUCAACUCAACUUGUAGCGAAAAUCUCACCCAGCUUAGAAGUCACAUCCGACAACCUUUCGAGUAUUGAGACUACGGUUACUUGCUUCAAAGAAUUGUGUGUAGCUGCAACUACAGAUAUUCAUGCAGAUAUUUUGCUGGCCAUUCUGGCAGAAUGGGAAGGACUUUUCCUGAUUGAGAGAGAUGAAGCUGAAGCCUCUGCAUCAGUCGGUGGAGGAAAUGACUGGAGUGUAGAUGGUUGGGAUGAAGGCUGGGAAAGUUUUCAGGAAGCAGAACUGGCAGAGAGUAAAGGGAGAGAGACUUCCCCUUCACUUAACCCUUUACAUGUCUGCUGGACAGAAAUUUUCAAGAAACUUGUUUCUCUUUCUCGGCCUAAGGAUGUGCUAAGAUUUGUUGACGAGUCUUUGUCAAAAUCUAGUUGGAUAUUGCUUGAUGAAAAUGAUGCCAAAGCUCUGAGCCACAUUUUGAACGAGAAAGAUUGUUUUGUGGCUUUGGAGGUGGCGAUGCUGUUGCCUUAUGAAGCAUUAAAAUUGCAGUGUCUGAAUGCAGUUGAAAGCAAAUUGAAGCGAGAUGGAAUCUCAGAUGACUUGGGCGGAGACCCUGAAAUUUUAUUGCUUAUAUUAUCCUCUGGAUUUGUAUUGAGAAUUGUCCUCGAUUCUUCUUAUGAUAGCACUUUCUCCUAUCUCUGUUAUCUGGUGGGAAAAUUUUCUCGUCGCUUUCAAGAGGACCAAUUAGCAUACCUCAAACAGAAGGGGAGGAGCGCAAGUGAUAACAAUAGGAGGGACUUGCAGCUUUUCAGGAAGAUUGCCUUCCCCAUCUUCAUAUCAGAGCUUGUAAAGGCUGAUCAAUCUGUUCUUGCUGCACUUAUGGUUACAAAAUUUAUGCACACAAAUACUUCUGUGUGUCUUUUGAACGUUGCAGAGGCUAGUCUUCGUCAAUAUUUGAAGAGGGAGCUCCACGCAGUACAGAAUGAUGAAUCUGGUGAAUUGGUGCAUGAAAUUUUGAGAUACACUGUUUCCAGCUUGAGAGAGAAGCUGGGAAGCCUAAUCGAAACGGCAUUGUUGUUGCUUUCUCGAAAUUGAGAUGAUUUCUUACAAGUUAGGCAACACGAAUUGGGAUUAAGCGAAGGUUUGUUUUAGUUUCACUGUCAUUGAGCUUAUAAGAUUUUUAUUUUAGUUGAACAGAGUGAGUUGUACAUUAGGCAUUUGGUUUCCAAAUACAGAAAAAUAUGUGAUAUAGGUUAGUUAUGUGUAAAUCCCUCUUUUUCACUGUUCGGGCUGUGUUAAUAUAUCGGGCUAGUUAUGGGCUGAACGUAUGUAUAGGUGGUUUUGGUUUCACGGCUCUUUAUUACGAGUCCUAACAACAUAUAGGAUGGAGAUUCGAACUUCCUAACUUUAGAUCGAGAAUGUAUGCAUAUUUUAAUUAGUUGAGUUA